AUGGACGCACUGCCCAUCUACCAUGGUGGCAUCACCCGUGAGGCUGGGGAGAAGCUGCUGCGGGCGGGGGGCGCCGACGGCAGCUCCCUGCUGCGGGACAGCGAGAGCAUCCCGGGAGUCUACUGCCUCUGCGUGCUGCACCAGGGUUACGUUUAUACCUACAGAGUGUCCAAGACAGAAACUGGGUCCUGGAGUGCUGAGGUAUGUACUUCUCCUUUCUCUUCUGAAAAUGUCUACAUCCCGGUUGAUGUUCGUAUUGAUUUAAUGAAAUAUAUUCAAAUUAUUCAUGUUUCUGCAUUGUCUGAUUUUCAUCAAAGGCAUAAUUCCUUGGCCAUUAUUAUAAUAGAAGUGGUUGCAGCUCUGGAAGACGGGACUGAUUCCUGGGGUUACUGGGAAACAGACUGGGGAGUAAAAGUGACUCCCAUUCCUGCGGAGUCAAUAAUUAUCCGGGUCACCCUUGGGAAUGGUACCCAGGAAUAA